AGGGGUUAUCAUCAGACCAGUUCAAUCCCAAGUCAUAACAAACUCUAGUUUCCUCUUCAAGUUUCAAACAAAUAUCAAAUUUCAACUUGAGUAUAAACCUUUAAGCCAAGAAGAAAAUGAAAGAAACCAAGAAAAUAGAGUUAGUCUUCAUUCCUUCACCAGGAAUUGGCCAUUUAGUAUCCACAGUUGAAAUGGCAAAGCUUCUUAUAGCUAGAGAAGAGCAGCUAUCUAUCACAGUCCUCAUCAUCCAAUGGCCUAACGACAAGAAGCUCGAUUCUUAUAUCCAAUCAGUCGCCAAUUUCAGCUCGCGUUUGAAAUUCAUUCGACUCCCUCAGGAUGAUUCCAUUAUGCAGCUACUCAAAAGCAACAUUUUCACCACGUUUAUUGCCAGUCAUAAGCCUGCAGUUAGAGAUGCUGUUGCUGAUAUUCUCAAGUCAGAAUCAAAUAAUACGCUAGCAGGUAUUGUUAUCGACUUGUUCUGCACCUCAAUGAUAGACGUGGCCAAUGAGUUCGAGCUACCAACCUAUGUUUUCUACACGUCUGGUGCAGCAACCCUUGGUCUUCAUUAUCAUAUACAGAAUCUCAGGGAUGAAUUUAACAAAGAUAUUACCAAGUACAAAGACGAACCUGAAGAAAAACUCUCUAUAGCAACAUAUCUCAAUCCAUUUCCAGCAAAAUGUUUGCCGUCUGUAGCCUUAGACAAAGAAGGUGGUUCAACAAUGUUUCUUGAUCUCGCAAAAAGGUUUCGAGAAACCAAAGGUAUUAUGAUAAACACAUUUCUAGAGCUCGAAUCCCAUGCAUUAAACUCGCUCUCACGAGACAAGAAUCUUCCACCUAUAUACCCUGUCGGACCAGUAUUGAACCUUAACAAUGUUGAAGGUGACAACUUAGGUUCAUCUGACCAGAAUACUAUGAAAUGGUUAGAUGAUCAGCCCGCUUCAUCUGUAGUGUUCCUUUGUUUUGGUAGUGGUGGAAGCUUUGAAAAACAUCAAGUUAAGGAAAUAGCCUAUGCUCUGGAGAGCAGUGGGUGUCGGUUUUUGUGGUCGUUAAGGCGACCACCAACCGAAGAUGCAAGAUUUCCAAGCAACUAUGAAAAUCUUGAAGAAAUUUUGCCAGAAGGAUUCUUGGAAAGAACAAAAGGGAUUGGAAAAGUGAUAGGAUGGGCACCUCAGUUGGCGAUUUUGUCACAUAAAUCGACGGGGGGAUUUGUGUCGCACUGUGGAUGGAAUUCGACUUUGGAAAGUACAUAUUUUGGAGUGCCAAUAGCAACCUGGCCAAUGUACGCGGAGCAACAAGCGAAUGCAUUUCAAUUGGUUAAGGAUUUGAGAAUGGGAGUUGAGAUUAAGAUGGAUUAUAGGAAGGAUAUGAAAGUGAUGGGCAAAGAAGUUAUAGUGAAAGCUGAGGAGAUUGAGAAAGCAAUAAGAGAAAUUAUGGAUUCCGAGAGUGAAAUUCGGGUGAAGGUGAAAGAGAUGAAGGAGAAGAGCAGAGCAGCACAAAUGGAAGGUGGCUCUUCUUACACUUCUAUUGGAGGUUUCAUCCAAAUUAUCAUGGAGAAUUCUCAAUAAUUAACAGCGUUAAAUGGCCAUCCCAAGCCGGUAUCUAUCAAUAACAGUCUCUCUACAUUCACGGGGCAGAGGUAAAAGUAUACUGAAUUUGUUGUUAUUGUUAUUAAAUGACCAUCAGAUUCUGGCCAAUAGCACUUAUGAUAUUAAUAAUUUUCUCAAUAAAAUUUAUGUAUACUUUGCGGUUUAUAUUAGGAAAUUCGCUGAAUAUUUAUAAAUAUUCAGCUGCAAACCAUAUAAAUAAAGACGCCUAUGUAGUUGAUAGAA